AAAUGCAGUAGCAAAGGUGGGCUUCUGCUUCCUUCAUCCACACCAAAAGCAAGAACCCCAAGAACCGCAGAUAAAAAGGGGAGCAAGAAGAACUUUGCUCCGAUCCGCCGCCGCCAUCUGCUCCCUCCACCCCGGAACUGGGAAUACUGCAGUUCUCGUCUUAUACUAGGCUACUAGCACUCCUCUGAUCUGAUGGCCAACAUUAACAUGGCAGAUACUGUUCCUUCCUGUGAUACUUACCUGUUGUUCAAUGGAGAAACACUGCUUCCAAUUGGUGUCCGUGCGUUUAUUUAUACCGCUGUCCUCGCGUACUGUUUUAUUGGUCUAUCCGCGAUCACUGGCCGGUUCUUCAAAUCGAUGGAGAGCAUCAUGAGACACUCCCGGGAGGUUGUCACAGUAGACCCACACACAAAUGCUACUAUUGUCAAGCAUGAGAAGGUGUGGAACUACACUAUAGCGGACGUUGCUCUCCUCGCAUUUGGUACUAGCUUCCCUCAAAUUUCACUAGCAACGAUUGACGCAAUCCGAAAUCUGGGUCAGCUGACAGCAGGAGGUUUAGGUCCAGGUACCCUUGUGGGUUCUGCUGCAUUUGAUCUGUUCCCCAUACAUGCUGUUUGUGUGGUUAUGCCAAGGGCAGGCUCUAAGAAAAAGAUAUCUGAUCUCGGUGUUUGGUUAGUUGAGCUGUUCUGGUCAUUCUGGGCAUACAUUUGGCUGUAUAUUAUAUUAGAGGUGUGGACACCUAGAGUGAUCACCCUCUGGGAGGCCUUGCUGACAGUACUGCAAUAUGGACUGCUUCUGCUUCAUGCAUAUGCGCAGGAUAAGCGCUGGCCAUAUGUGUCAAUCCCUUUGGCAAGAGGUGAGAGACCUGAAGAUUGGGUUCCGGCGGAAGAUGCUUCAGUUGAUUAUGAUGAUAACUAUGAUGGGAUUGGGGAUAUACUCCCUGGCCAGAAUGAGGAUAUUGUGGAUAUAUUCUCAGCGCAUUCUUACAGUAAUGAAGGGUAUCACCAUGUUUCAGAAGAGGAUGUGGAAGAAUCUUCAACAGGUCUUACAUUAAAGAACAAAUGGGAGGAUACUCACUGGUUUUCUAUUUGGUGGCAACAAUUUGUUGAUGCUGCAACGUUGGAGAGUUCAGUGUCAAGAAAGAUGGAUUCUACCUGCUUGAGAGUCAUCGGAAUCUCAUGGAAUUUAAUCAUUGCACCUUGGAAAAUGCUAUUUGCUUUCGUUCCCCCUUAUGAAAUUGCGCAUGGCUGGAUCGCUUUUAUUUGCUCACUAAUCUUCAUAAGUGGUAUUGCUUAUGGGGUUACUAAGAUUACAGAUCAGAUAAGCUGUGUCACAGGAGUAAGUCCAUAUGUUAUAGCAUUCACAGCACUGGCUGCUGGAACAUCAUGGCCUGAUCUAGUUGCAAGCAAGAUAGCGGCUGAGCGUCAAAUCACCGCCGACUCCGCAAUCACCAACAUCACUUGCAGCAAUUCGGUGAACAUAUAUGUCGGCAUUGGUGUUCCAUGGUUGGUGGACACAAUGUACAACUAUUUUGUCUACCAGAAGCCCCUGUACAUAGACAAUGCUGCUGGCCUCAGCUUCUCCCUUCUGGUCUUCUUCGCGACGUCAUUCGGUUGCAUCACGGUUUUGGUUCUUCGUCGCGUCAUACUUGGCGCCGAGCUUGGUGGCCCUAGGAUGUGGGCUUGGGCAACAUCAGUGUACUUCAUGAUCCUUUGGGUUGUCUUUGUUGUACUUUCAUCCUUAAAAAUCUCUGGAGUAAUAUAGAUUACCUACAAAGUAUAUAUAGCUGUAGUUCUUCAUUCUUUUCUAUAUCUAUCUCUUAUGGUUUUCUUUUUAUAUAUACAUGGCCAUUUUUACACACAGGAAAUGUAGAAGGCCGACCAAAGUUAGUCAUCAUAUAGGUACUGUACAUAUAUACAUUACAUGUGCUUGAUCGAUGUAUUAUUUUUGUAAGCUACUGCAUAUUCAUAUAAUGAAAAGCUUUUCUGCCUGAGAAAAAAGAGA